AUGGACGAGGUGGAGCUGGAGUGUGCGGUGUAUGGGAGAGAAGUCGUGUUUUCUGAGAAAAUCACACGUGAUACGAAAGUCGAAGCGCUGCAGAAGGCCAUAUUUGAUGAUCAACGAUACAAAGGGCGCUUCUCGUUUCCGGCAAGCGCUUUGACGCGGGAUAUGCGACCGUCAUGGGCACUGAAUGACAAAAAGUAUUUUGGAAAGAAAAAGCCGUUCAAGCCUGGCUACAAAGAAAUGUACAUCUUGGUGGAACUCAUUAAAGUCGCAGGUGUUGCGAGAGGCGAGCGGGAAUGGAGCGCAGAGGACUUGUCGACCCUUGAAACGAGUAGCAUGUCGAUGGAAGAAGAUCCAAGUUCAGACUUGAGAGUGGCAUUUGUUGACGCAGUCCCGCUGCCUUCGACUUCGCGAUUUUUUAAGGUUACCGCGCCGCAAGACAUCCAGCUCAUUCGAUGUCGCAUGGCCGUUGAGGUCUAUCCAACGAUGCAUGUCCUUGUAUCUGGGUUCCCAGGCGCUCUCGAAGCUCGUGGAUUUAAUCACCCAUACGCUAUCGUCCCAGCUCUAGUCACUGGUUGGAAAUGCUUCUUUCUUCUCUGUCUGCUCCAGGUCCCUCUGGAAAUGCGAUUGUAUGCACGAAAAGGGGGGUUCCAGUUGGAUAUAUUGGCGGUGGGUUCGACGGCUCCGAGGAUAACGAGCAGUUUCUCUCGUUUGGCAUGGGAUCCCGCCUGA